AUGACGAUUUACCACGCAGCUUGCACCUGCAAGAUGGGUAACCAAAAUGACAGUAUGGCUGUGGUUGAUAGUCGAGCAAGGGUGGUUGGGGUUACAUGCUUGCGAGUUGAUGCGAGCGCAUUCCCGAUCCUCCCACUGGGUCAUUCCCAGUCAGCAGUUUACAUGCUAGCAGAAAAGAAUGCUGCCGAUAUCAUUUCCAAUGGAUCGAAUUGA